AUGAAUUUGUAUCAAGAGUUAACGUGCGAUGGGGAGAGUAGCGCUCUGUUCGCAGGGGGACACCGACCAGGGGAGGUCAGGAUAGGUGACUUGGGCCAGAUCAUUUCUCCAGAACUUGGAGCUGGCAAUGAGGGUAACUCUUUAUCAGAGGGUGACCCGGGAUAUUCAUUACAACACAGUUACCCGUCUUUCUCCGGUGCCAAUUCUGCGACCGACUGCACGGUAACUCAGCUACCAGUCUACUCAGGCUCGAGCAGCUCUCCUCUGACACCGAGUCAGGGCUUUUCAACCACGCCACCGGCCUGCAUUCACUACUCUCGUCUCCCCUCCUACCUCCGGGUGCAGGAACACGACUUCCCGGGACUUGGAUACUCCUCUUCCACACACAUCACCGGGACUGAGGCGCUAGCGCACGCAGAAUUCGGGUCUAUAAAUGCGCACAUUAAAAUCUACACUCACGAUGGGUCUAAUGUUCACUUUGCUGUUGUGGACAGUAGCUCUCACUCCGACCCCAAGUGUAAGGUACCUGAACUAAGUCACAGGAGCAAAACUUUUGAUUGGAUGAACGUGAAGAAGAGAAGUCAAGCUCGGACGGCCAAGAUGCACAUGGCCUGUGGAUUAAGUAUAGUCGCUCCGGGCGUCAGUAUGGACAGAGGAGGUGGAGGUAACCACAGCAUUCCCACCGAUGGGCAUCAUAUUACCGCUAACGGGGUACUAAGGACCAAUUUCACCACCAAACAGCUCACAGAGCUCGAGAAGGAGUUCCACUUCAACAAGUACCUGACGCGAGCCAGACGCGUGGAGAUCGCGAGUGCCCUGCAACUGAGCGAGACGCAGGUGAAGAUUUGGUUCCAGAACCGGCGCAUGAAACAGAAGAAAUUAAUGCGCGAGGGUCUUCUCCCGGGCCCCUUCCGUGCCCUCGAGCUGCUCAGAAAGCUCACGCUCCAACAGCCUGGACACUUAUUCCUCCCCUGGACAACUUGAACCGACCUCAUGCUCUCCCAAACACCUGCCGCCCAUUGACACUCAACUAGAGGAACUGUCUCAU